AUGGAACCUCAAUUGAAAAGAAUAAUUAAAAGAAAAUGGAAAUCGAGUGGAGGAAGACCUAGGUCCAACUCGCGAAAUUAUGGAAAUGGUGUUUCAGUUUCCCCUGGGAACUUGACAACAAAUGAACCCACAACACCAACAACUACAACUACAACAACAACAACAACUACUACUACAACUAUUCCAACUACAACUCUUUCUCUGACAACUGAAUCAUCUUCUACCGAAACAAUUGUAACAAUAGUUAUUCUGCUCGGAGCUCUAGUUGCAUGUGGAAUUGGGGCUUUCUUCGCCUACAAGCGCUUCUUCAAAAACAAGAAACCUUCACCAUCCAUUCAAAGUAAAAAAAGACGAAAGAGAUCAGGUGAUUCUGGAAAAAAGAAGAAAACACAACGAAAACAGAAGAAAAAAGACGAAGAUGAUGAUGAUGAUAAAUCUGCUCCAGUGAUAUAUUCCGAGAAGAAACAUUUUUCAGGAGUAAUUGUCAACUAUUGA